AUGGACUUGAAGAACAGAUAUGCAUUUGUUGCAAUGUUCGAUGGUAAAAAAGUGAAAAAAUAUUUUAAAACUUUGGAAGAGCUUGUUGGAAUUGAAUGGAUCACAGAAACGAAGUUUUGGACCCGUAAUGAGGAUAGUGCUUAUUGUGAAGGAAUAGUACUAGCGAAAGACGAAAAUGAACGAACACUUCGAGACCGAGUAUCAAAAAAGUCCCUACGGAUUCCUCACAAUGCUUUCAAGCCAUUUCCAGAUCCGCUCACCGGAGAAAAAUUCACAGAAAGUCAGAUGCCAAAGAAAUCAUCAGUUGAAACCAUAAAGGAUAAAGAAGUGAAUGGAUCAACCAUUUUACGUAACCUAAAGGAGCAUAAAGUAGAUCACCACGCAAUCGCAGAAGAGAUUGGACUACAACAAAAAGAUGAUUCAACGAAUUUCACUAAAAAACAGCCCAUUAAAGAUGAUCAGCAAGCGAAUAUCCAAAAUAAUAUAACUGAAAUGUUAUCAGAAAAAUCGAGCGAAGAUGAUGAAUCACCUUUCAGCUCAAAAAAAGCCGUGCCAUUCGUCGAAAAUGGAAGUAAGAUUUUAACAUUCACUAAUCCAGAAAAAAAAAUACUAAAACACACUUUUGUCAUUCAGCCGAAUCAGUCAACAACAAUGGAAAAAGAAGCAACGAACGAA